AUGAACGCACCUAAUCGUUACGAGCUCUACGUUCUUGAAGAUGGCGAAAAGCCAGUGGAAAUAACAGAGGACACGAAGAUUCCCAACGCCGCUACUAUCAAAAUCGUUAAACAGGAUCAUACCCUUGGCAAUAUGCUCCGAGCUCAGCUUCUGUCAAUGCCACAGAUCCUCUUUGCGGGGUACAAAGUUCCCCACCCCCUUCACCCCUACUUUCUCAUCAAGAUCCAAACGGACGGAACGAUAACACCUCAAGCCAUAUUGCAUCAAGCAUGUACGAAACUCAUUGGAACCAUGUCGUCGCUGGAGACCAAGUUCAACCGAGAAUUCUCCUUCAAGGACGUAGAGGGUACCGGUGUAGGGGUGGGAGGCAUGCCGGGAGAAGACCCAUAUGGUGGCACGGGAGGGACUGGAGGCGCCUGGUCAGGCGCUGGCCGAGAUUACUUGGACUUCUGAUACCUGUCCCUUUUUCCCUUGCUUACAAAACUCUGUUCUCCAACCUUAUGUCUGUAUACUACUCGUUGAUUGUAUCAUUAUAUUCUCCAAUAUACACUGUUAAGUAU